AUGGUACUACAACUGCAUGUAUGGGGUCCAGCCUUUUCCCUGCCGUCAAUUGACGCGCAAUGUCUGGCUGCCAUCGCAUACUGUUCCGAAGUCCUCCCCAAGGGUUCGUGGGAGCUCAUUGCGAGCAGCGAUCCCUCUGUGUCCCCAACCGGUGAGCUCCCCGCUCUCCAGAAUGGAUCAACCUGGGUGAGCCGGUUCCGCAAUAUCGUGGACUACCUCCGCCAAUACUCCGAGGGAGCAUGGAACCUGGAUGAGAACCUAGGCGAUGUCGAACACGCCGACAGUGUUGCCUUCUCCUCCUUCAUCGAAUCCCGCGGCCAACCUCUCCUAGACCUCUCCCUAUACGUAACCAGCCAAAACUACUACAACAACACGAGCCCAGCCUAUGGCGCCCUCCUCCAAUGGCCAAACCAAUGGAUCCUCCCCCCAAAGCUCCACGGCUCCGCAAAAUCCCGCACGGAAUACCUAGGCCUCUCCUCCCUAGACAUCCAAGCAAUGGAAGAACAACGCAAACGCGAACACUCCGCCGCGGUAGCCUCAGGCCAAAUUCCCAAAAACUUCAUCCAGCAACCCCGCGAAACAGUCUCCAAACUCCUCGGCCGCACAGCCCAACAUAACCAAUUCCGCCUCGAGGCCCUGACAGCCGAGUUCUUCGAACCCCUCGAAGCAAUGCUCGCCCGCAAAUCUUACCUGCUCCCGGAUCAAUCCGGUAACCCGUCUAGUCUGGACUGUAUCGCGCUGGGAUAUUUGGCGCUCGCGCUAGUGCCCGAGCUUAACUUCCCCUGGUUGCGCGAUGCGAUGCGCGCCAAGGCGCCACAGGUGACGGCUUAUACGGAGCGCAUGCGGAGUCGCUGUUUCGGCGAUGUGGAUGUGAAGAUCGAGCAUGCUUUCCAGCCCGUUUCUGUUGGGCCUGAGGCUGAGCUUGCGAAGUUGCCGUGGCGGGCUCCUGAGCGUGUUUCUGUUGCUGCUGUUGGGAGUACGCUCCUCAGUACACUGGCUGAUAACACCCCCUUCUUGCGUGAGAUUCGUCAGAAUAGACGGUUGAAGCAAGCUGUUCAGUCUGAUGAGGAUUUCUCGCCCGUGCAGAAACAUCUUCUGGCACAGUAUGCUGAUUCUAGUAACAAGGAUAUGCUUGUUUCUGUUGUUGCCGCUGUGGCUGGUACGGCUGCGCUGGUUGGGUAUAUGGUUCAUGUUGGGUUACUUUCUUUCUCUGGGGGUGGUCAUGCCGAAGAAGAAGAUGACAAGAUCGAGGGUGAAGUCAAUCACCUUGAUCCUGGGUCUGCGGCGGACUUCCUAGGCGCGUUGUAA